UUUAUACGAACGCACAUCAUCAUUCAGUGUCUCGCUACUAAGCGGAGCGAAAGCGCGUAAACGCAAUUUGAAUUCGACAAACAGUUUUUGUAGUAGUUGUCACGUAAAUUGUUACCAUUGAAAACAGUUUGAUAAAGUGCAAGCAAAAUUCUCGUGAACAGUGUUUACUGUUGUACAAAAGAAGUUGCGAAUUGCUGAAAUCGAAACCGGGGUAAAUAGGAAAUGCAUGAAUGGCUGCUUUGAUGAUUAAAAUUGGAGUGAUCUAUCACACAUUGGAGCGACCUUCAAACAUUUUAUUAGUUUUCAAUCGGUAGUGCACGAAAACAGUUUUGGCACAGACAAUUGAACUCCAGAUACCUGGGAUGCAAUGCUCUUGGUGUGAUUGUGUGAAAUCAACGAUGGCUUUACAACUCUACCAUCUAUCUCUUCUGUUGACAUUCGUGUUCGCGCUGUGCCAAUCGGACUGUCCAAACGGUUUCAUACAAGUGCACAACUGUAAGCGAUGUUACCACUUCAGCAGCGAAAAGUUGCCUUGGAGGGACGCCUAUUUCAAAUGCAACAACAUGAAUAGCUCUUUGGCAGUCUUGAGCAGUAAAGAGCAGAAUGCCAAGAUGCAGGAGUAUUUGCUUGCCAAGCAUUUAGUUCCUUCUGAAUGGUGGCUUGGAGGUAACUACGAUUGGGAGCAGGACACGUGGAAAUGGGCAGCUUCGGGGCGAGUAAUAAAGAAUUCGCAGAUACGAAAAAAACGCGGGAAACAUUUGAAUUGGCACUGCAUAAUCCUGGAUCCAUCUCGACGUUAUAGAUGGGAUUCGAAGAAGUGCACCGAAAAAUAUAAUUACAUUUGCCAGAAGAAAGUCAACGAUUUGAAAUGCAACAACGAUAUGCCCGAGAUUAUAUCGAUGGACGCGAAUUCGAUCGAGAACUCGAUUCAUAUUAAACAGCGGCAAAACCAGGCCGCGUACAAACCGAUCCACGUGAUUCGUGAUCCUUCGAAACCUAAGGCGAUAUGUCCGAAACAUUACAAGCACAUCAAAGGAAAGUGCUACAAAUUCAGUAGAGAAGCUCUGACGUGGCAGGACGCUUACUAUACGUGCGAUUCCGAGUACAACGCGACUUUGGCUUUGAUUCCAGGCAAGAAUCAAGAUUUGGCUAUAAGGAGAGCAUCGCUGAGGUUGCAUAUAGGUGAUGAGGAACGGUGGAUCGGGGGUAUUUACGAUUGGGAACAAAUGGCUUGGAAAUGGGCUGUUAACGGUGGGAUUAUCCAGCAUCAAGCGCACGAUCGGGAAAGGCUACGAUGGAACUGUCUAGUUUGGAAUCCGAAGAUACACAACAAAUGGAGCUCGGACAACUGCUUGGCCAGGAAAGUGUUCAUUUGCGAAACAAAACCCACGUACAUCAAAUUAUCGAAACACAAUUCGAAUCAAAUCAAACCUGCGUACACAGUCACAAUGAACAUAACUUAUCAUCCGCCUGCAAAUUCGAUUCGUAAUUAGUAUUAUUCCAUUUUAGUUUAUUUUUAAUUAUCGAAUUAAUAUUUAUUACUUUUAAUGUAUUAUUAUAUUUUAAUUAAUUCAAUGUAAAUCUUUUCCGUACGUUUUUGUUAACGUAAUACAGUUAUUUUUGUACCUUAAAAGUGUUAAUUAAUUAAUUAAUAUUUACGCGCAAUCAUCGUUCAUUCUUAA